AUGGCCAACGCCAACGCCGAUACCCCGCCAGCCUUGCAACCAGCCUACCAGCUUGAAGACCUGUUCGUCGACACCGAAGAUGUCAAUAGGUUUGGGGAAUUCGGGUUUUGCACGUCCCCCGAGCUUUCAGCCGUAAAUCUCGACGCGUCUUUGGAGGAUGUAUUGCUCGCUCAGUAUGCACGAGACUUCCCACCAACGCUAGGAAUGUACACGGGGAGACAAGGCAAUGGUGGAUUACUUGCUCUCACAACUACCACAGCCCGACGAAACGAUAUACAGCCAACAUCUAUGGCAUGGAGCGAUAUGACGCCCAAUAUCGCCAAUAUCAUACCAUUGCCAACAAUCGGUAGUGGAACGAGCCUCCGCGCAACUUCAAACGUGAAGACCAUGCUUUUCCAGGCGCUCUCGAGACAGAACUCGCCACUGAACGGCAGGACAGCAACACCGACCCGCAAGAACAGCGAAGCUCGCCUCAGACUCGCAAGGACCGUCGCACUGUGCAUGUGGGCCUUCAAAGACAAGUCCCUACUUGCAUACGGACGAAUCUUCAGUGACCCUUCCACCAUGGAUGGAUGGAUGUCCUCAGGUCCAAGACCACAGCCAUCAGCCGCCGCAACUACCCUUGCACUGGCUCGUCCUGCCCCAAGAGCGAAUGUGGCCUCCAAUCUCGAAUACACCCGCAAGUGCCAGAGACACCCGAGAAUCCAGGGAGGCUAUCCAUGCGAGCUCUGCGAUGGCAUCUUCGACACAUUCGCCGACUGCAACAAGCACAAACGCAAUGUACACGCCUCCACCCGCCCACAUGCUUGCUCACAAUGUUCGAAGGCGUUCUGCACACCCAAGGAUCUGCGACGGCACGCGAAAAAACAUGCACGGAAGACUGCUGUGGCGAAGCUUAGGCAGAACGCAGUGCCAGCAGUACAACACAUCGAGGCAUCCCCAUCGACGGAUGCGAACGAGCCAAAGUCCGGCAGCUCAAAGGAUGCAAAGUGUCACUCUUGCCAAUCCCACCUCCCGCAAGUCAAAUGCACACCGGAGUACGUCGACAUUAUACAGGCGGAGAACGAGAGCCUAAAGCACAGGUGCAAGGACCUGGAGAGUGAAGUCAGUGCGUUGCGGGCCUUAUUACUGGCUCGAGCUGGCAGUGUUGGUUGA